AGUAACUUGGAUUUGUUCAUUAAGCUGUUUAAUUGCAUAGUAAAAUUGUCAGAGUACCAAAUUUAUACUGCACGACACUGGAGGCAAUAACGUUCAAUGAGUACAAUUUUUCCGGUUUAUCCAACAGUAUGAGAAAAAAUACCCAUUUUCACGAGAAACCCCAAAAAAGUCCCUUUUUUGGGACAAAUGUAACACUUUUUAAAAUUCGAUUAUGUGUGUUAUGAAAUUGCUUCAUUAUAAUAGUCGAAAGAACAAAAAGAUGCAUAGAAAAAUUACCAAUAUAGAAAUUGAGAAUAUGACAUAGCCCCAAACUUUGCUAAAAAAACAUGACGUACGUAUUCUCAAAGAGUUGGUUAAGAACCUCUCGAAUACCGUAACUCAAUAUCUCUUUCCAUUCCGAAAAUAUCAAGAUUUGAAUUUGGGUAAAAUUUUCCAUGUUGCAAAGCAACUGUCAACUGUCCACCAGUUUAUAUUAUUAGAAACAAGUUUUACACGAUUAAUCUAGCUAGUUAGUAUCUUCUAUUCUCAAAACUUAACAUAACCAAAUCUGCUAGACUAACAUGUGGAUGGCAAAAGGUCCUUAGAUAAGGCCCUCUGCGCAUAAUCACAUCCAGCUGUUAUUGAUUAUAAAAGCGUACGUUUAGUCACAUAAGAUAAACUCAAGCAGCAUGUGAAAAUUGCUAGAAAAUACUUUUCAAAGAGUAAAGUAAAUACUAAUGAGAGUGAAUUAGUUCUGAAAAAACAUUGGACGAGUAUCAAAAACAUUGGAAUGCAAAUGUCAAUCAGGAAGUGACGGAAGAAAAAUAUACAUAGAAUAAAAAUAACAUCAAAACAAUGUGUUUCUCAGUAAGAAGAACACUACCACUGGUCAACUAAUCGAGUUUGCACCUGUUUUGGUCUAUGACGUAUACUCCCGGAGCCAAGUGAAGCAUCCCCUGUAAUCAACGUGGCGUUGUAUGUACUAGAAAAACUGAAGAGCGCCUUUGGUGUCUUGGCCGCGAAGAUGUCCCUAUACAAGUCCUCGCCUAAUGGCGUUCAGGUCACUUUGUCGGAUGCCCAGCAAUGGAACGCCCUUGACACGGCUGUUAAAUUCGCAGGAGAGGAUGCCAAGGAUCGGCUAUACGAACCAAAACACAAGAAAAAGCUCGUCCGUGUUUUAACGGUGAUAGCCUACGUAUUUUUCGUAUCUUUGGCUGCCAUCAUGCUGAGCUUAUACUACGUAUUCCUGUGGAAUGGGGACCAGAAGGUUGUGGCCAGAUAUAUUAAUUCCGGGUCACCAGGACAGCAAAAAUUUUACUCUUCCGAUAGGGACAACAGAAAUUGUGACAGCAUAUUAGCAGAAAUGCAACAGCAAUUUACAGCUGUUGAGUCCAAUCCAGAUGACAUAAUAUCGCCUUCCCCAGGAAGUAUAGUGGAGGAAAACGUCACGUGGCCUGAAGACUAUGAAAGUUUAGAAGAAUUCAAGAAAUCGAGCGUAUUUAUUAAAAAAUUAAUGCGUCAAUAUGACUAUUAGCUAAACGAUUUUAUAGUAAGACAUUUUUAUAUUUUCUUUCAUCUAAGGAUGGUACCAAUUUUAUGUUCAUUGUAAGGGGUAAACACUGUUUAGACUAUGCACGAAUUUAAUUGUGUAUUAUAUAUCAAUUUUAUCAGUACAGACUAUAUUAUAUAUUUCAAAUUGAAUAAAUGUAGUUAUAUAAUUAUAUGUUUUCUGAAGCAGCUGAGAUUUCUGUUGGUGGUAUUUGAGGAAAUGAUGUAUAACAAGAUUAUCUACACUGAGAACCACAUUUGUCUGACGGCUUGAGUUCAAUGUGUACGGGAGAGAAGUAUCUAUAGACACAUAUGUUAGAAAGAGAUAGAAGCCGGCUGGAUAGCGAAGCUUAUCACCACGAUGCCCCGCAACCCUGAUGCGGCAAUGUGCCGCGUUGCCAAUAUGUUACACCAAUUCCUUAUUAAGAUG